AUGAACACCACCACCACCACCACAACAGAACCCUCCGCCUCCACCCUCCCCCAACCCGACAUCUAUACAGCAAUAUCCCUCCUCUCCAUCUCCAUCUUCACCUGUCUCCUCCUGUACUACCUCAUCUUCGACCUCUCCUUCUUCCCCCCAAACCCCCUAAAAGCACCAACCACAACCACCCUCCUUACCACAAUAAUAACAACAACAACAACAACAACAACAACAACAACAACAACAACAACAACAACAACCCUCCUCUCCACUACCUUCACCAUCCUCCUCCUCUUCAACCUCCCCCCCAACAACCCCGCCGUCCGAAUAACCUCCGCCAUCCUCCUCGUCCUGGCCACCACCACCUCCAGCAUAUCCAACACCCUCCUCCUCUACUUCUCCCUCCCCCUAAUAACAAUCCACCAAAAACCCUCCGCCGCCUACUUCCAACUGAAAACCCAACGGAUCAUCCUCUACGGCAUCGUGGCAUCCAUCCUCCUCUUCCAACUCCCCCACGUUAUCGUCGCCCCCGCUGCAGCCACCCUAUACAAGAAUGGCCACUGGUCGCGUGCCGUUACUAUCCUCGAGCGCAUCUCGGUGACGGCUUAUUGCGGGAGAGAGAUACUUCUCCUGGGGUGUUAUGCCUGGGGUGUGGUGAGGUAUCUCCGGCCGGUUGUUGUUCACCAGUACCAAUAUCAAUCCUAUACGGGAGGAUAUGGGAACGGGAACGGGAGACAGUUACUGUAUACCCUCCUAAUGGCCGGCUGCAUCUCGCUCAUCCUCAACAUAGCCAACAUCACGGCCGUGUAUGUGGUUCACACCGCUGCGGCAAUGGCUUUUUUCCCCUUCGUGGUUAGUACGAAGGUGCUGGUUGAGGGUGUCGCGGUGGGGAGGCUUGUGGGGUUUGUUGCGAAGAAUACUUCUCUUCACUAUCAUCAUCAGCAGAAUAGUAUUUAUUCGGUUACUGGGUGUGCGAGUCAGUCGAGGAGGGGCAGUACACAGCCGCUUAUUACGCAGAGGGGUUCUGUGGCGAUGAUGUCUGGGGGGUUGGGGAGUAGUAUUGGUGAGGGUAAAGAUGGUGGUGGUGGUAGUGAAGGGGAAGGAAGUCCCGGGGGUACUUGGGGAAGGGAAAAGGAGUGGCGGUAUAGGAGCAGGAUGGGAUCUGUUGAUACGGUGGUGUCUGUGGCGGAGCCGCCGAUGGCUCAUUCGGCGGAUCAUUUGGUGCAGGAGGUGGUGGAUUUAGAGGGUAGUGCUGGUGCUGGUGUUAGUCGGCGGACGUCGGUUGUAUAA